AUUUUUGAUGACGUUUAUUGUAUCGAUUUGAAAGUCCGUGUAGCAAGCUAUGUAGCUAAAUGUGCUUAUAAAAAGGAACACAUUCACGCAUUACAACGAUUUAUUUGGCUACUAGUUGUAUUUUAUCAGGUGAGUAUUUGAGUCUUAGUUGGAAAGGGGUUGUAUCUGAGGGAAAUAUAGUUAGUGUGCCUCUGCGACAAAAGACCGAUACAAUUGUUGUUGAACGUUAGUUGGCUAAAAGUAACGCGUUAGCUAGCUGGCUACGUCCUCACAAAUACAAUGUAAUGAGUUUCUAAACCUACUGGACUGUUUGGUAAUGGUCUGCUCAGUGUAUUGUGUGUGAUGUGUGGUCGCGCAGUUGUUGCAAUCCAAACGUCGACAGCUCUAACUAACGUUAGCUAGCUAUGUCAGUUACCUAUUUUGUCUUGACAUUGUUUUUAUUUACAGGUCUAUUUACCCACGCCACUUCGAUACAAAGUUAUUUUCGUAGCAGGUUAGGAGAGCAUUUUCGCUAACCCUAACCCUUUUCCUAACAUUAAGCUCAGUGUCCUAACCUGCUACGUUAAUUAUCCUAACCUGCUACGAAAAAGUUACUUUGGUAUCGAAGUGGCGUGAAAAUAGUGUUUUCUUUGUCUUUAAACUCAGAGAACCAUGUCGCUUUACGACGACAUGGGCGUCGGGAGUGCGACCAGUGACACCAAGACCGAGGGCUGGUCCAAGAAUUUUAAGCUACUGCAGUCACAGCUGAAAGUAAAGAAGGCAGCUCUGACUCAGGCUAAGGUGGGUUCCAAUGGCACUGCAGGUUUAGGAAUGACUCAAAGCUGUGUUUACCAAAAGCAUUCCUAGCCAUAUCUAUGAACCUUGGCCCCUCAUCCAGAGGUAUUGAUGAUGCGUUGUGUGUGUUCCCCUCAGAGUCAGCGGAUGAAGCAGGGUACUGUCCUGGCUCCAGUCAUCGACCUAAAGAGAGGAGGUUCCGCUGAUGACAGACAGAUCAUAGACACACCCCCACACAUUGCAUCAGGACUCAAGGUGAGGGUUGUGUGUGUGUUUCUGUGACACAAGUAUUUGUCAGGGUGUCUGUAUGUGAAAUGUGCGUUACUUAUGUGUGACCUAUGUGAUGUGAUGUGUGUGUCAGGACACAGCACCCAGCGGGUUCUCCUCGGGGGAUGCGCUAAUCCCCCUGGCUGAUGAGUAUGACCCCAUGUUCCCCAACGACUACGAGAAAGUGGUGAAGAGACACCGUGAGGAGAGGCAGAGGCAGAGAGAGCAGGAACGACUGAAGGAGAUAGAGGACAGAGAGAAGUACGACCUCCUCUUACGGAACAGCACCAAAGCUACACUUCUAGAACAUUCAACAGGAUUCUGUUGUUAUUGUUGACAAUGUUAUAUCCCUCAGAAAACUGUAAGGAAACUGAGGAUGACGCAUUGUUUAUAGACGUUUUCACACUAGGAAUAUGGACCUGACAGUGACCACAUCAUUUCAGUCCAUGUUCUGUCCUUCGUUCUUUCUCUGACCUCAUGUGUGUUCUUCCUGUCCAGGAAGAGGAAGGACAGACACGAGGGCAGCAGCGCUCCGAGCGGAUUCUCCCGCUUCCCCGCGGCAGAGGGAGAGUCUGAUGAUGAGGAGGAGGACUAUGAGAAGGAGAAGAGGAAAAGGAGUGAGUAGACUACCUCUGGUUUCACUGGUCUCCACACUGAGCCUUCACAGCAGUUAUCACCAGUAUUAGGAGCCAUUAUUGAGGAAGGAUAAUGUUGUGACUACGUCAGGAUAAUGUGUCAGACUGUAUGUGGUGAUUAGACUGUCCCUUGAUUCUUACCCAUGUCUUUAUUUUAGGUAUGGGUGGAGCAGCCAUCGCCCCACCCUCAUCGCUCGUGGAUAGUAGAGACAGUGAGUAAUGGCUCACAAAGGGAUUUGUGUCUGUCUGUUUGGGAUGUGGGGGAGUUUGUCCAGUAGAUAGCAGUGUUAUUCAAAAUUAGGAUGAUGUUCAACAUGCUUCAUCAGGGUGAGGUGUGUGCGUUAACUGACAGUCUCUCCCCUCCAGGCUCGUCAUACUCCUAUGAGGAUGAGGGGCGACCCUCCCGUGGCUCUAAAGCAGCCAUCCCUCCCCCCAUGUACGAGGACUCCGACCGUCCCCGCUCGCCACCCGGCGGUCCCACCAACUCAUUCCUGGCCAACAUGGGGUGAGUCUGAUACUCCCCUACUGGGCUAGAAUGUCCUAUUAGUUGUAUGUCGUCUCACAUGCCCAACUCAAAACACAACACACUGAAAUAGCCUGAACACUGGCCCUCUAAUGGCAUCAACCUGUAUAGUACAACAGCUCAGUGUUCUGUCCGGUGGUGUUGUCUGAUGUUCCCUUUCUCAACAGAGGGACAGUGGCCCAUAAGAUCAUGCAGAAGUAUGGCUUCCGGGAGGGCCAGGGGCUGGGCAAACACGAGCAGGGUCUCAGCACGGCCCUGUCUGUAGAGAAGACCAGCAAGCGGGGUGGCAAGAUCAUCAUAGGAGACGCCACUGAGAAGAGUAACGCCAUACUUCCUGUCUCACUGCCCUGUCUCGCACUCUCUCACUCAUUUCCCUGUCUCUCACUCCUGUCUCUCUCAGCUCUCCUGUCUUUCUCUCAGAUUUCACUUAUCUCUUACUCUUUCUUAUCAUAUAUGCACGGCAUCGACUCCCUCCCCCUCUCCUUUUUACACCCCCCCCUCUUCUUUUCUCUCUAACACCAAUAGUCAUGAUCUCUUUCUACUAGAUAAGAUAGAUACAAGCUUGUUUUCAUUAGCCUGUCUAGAUGCUUGUUUUUAUCAUGUACUACAUAGGCCCAGAAUGAAUGGUCUUGGUUUCUAGUUCCAAGACUGCCUAUUGUAAUGUUAUUUGUAGCUGUGUGUUUGGUCAUCCUCAGUUUUUUAAUUGGUGUUUUUCAUUCAUUGAUGAUUUUAAUCUUCAACAUUUGUGACCUUAGUUGGUGUCUUUUUGUUUUGUUUCUGUGUUCAUGUAAAUGUGUGUCCCCCUCUCUAAAGCACCAGGAUCCAGUAGCCAGACGGCAGCAGCUGAGCCUUUAGGCUGGGGCUCGGCUUCAAUAGGUUUGGCACUGUUACAUCACUUCCUCCCUACCUUGACGCAUCACAUCUGGUUUCGCCCCAUGUGUCUUGUCCCAUGUCUGUGCUGUCUCCAUCUGUUCUCAUUUCAAACCAUCUCAUUUUGACAGGCAAAUUAUAGAUAUUUUUUUUGUUAUACAGUUUGCUCAUCUCAAUGUGGGUCAAGUUUCAUUAUGGAACUAGUAACCACAUUUAUUUUGGGCCUACAUUAUGAUGGUUAAUAACCUAGAAAAUUAUGAAAAUAUUAUGUGUUAAUUGGAUUUUAAGGUUAGUGCCAGUAACGCUCUCAUAAUCUAAUUGAUAAAUUAGCGUUCUUAAAACAUCAAUUGUGGUCCACAUUCUGGUCCAAUCUACACAGUCUUAACGACGCUCCUCCUGUUUACGUUUACCAGUAUAUUCAGUUAUUUUUUUCCUAUUGUUGACAUUCUGUUCUCUUUCUCCCAUCAGCGGACCCCUCCAAGAAGUCAGAGGUCAACCCCCUCACAGAGAUCCUCAAAUGCCCCACCAAAGUAGUGCUGCUACGGGUGGGUGCUGUGUGUGUGUGUCUUUGUGUCUGUGCAUGAAUAUUUAUUGUAAAUUGUUGUGUGUUUGUUUAUGUGCAUAGGUUCAAUGAAGUGUGUUUGUGUUUUAGAACAUGGUGGGCAGAGGAGAGGUGGAUGAAGAUUUGGAGGGGGAGACCAAAGAAGAGUGUGAGAAAUACGGCAAGGUCAUCAAGUGUGUUAUCUUUGAGGUGAGAGGAAUACGUCUGUCUGUGUGUGUAUGGUUAAGUUCAUAGUGUGUUGACUCAUUAAGCAAUAAGGCCAGGGGGGGUGUGGUAUAUGCCCAAUAUACCACGGCUAAAGGCUGUUCUAAUGCACGACGCAACCCUUGAGGUGCCUUAUUGCUAUUAUAAACUGGUUACCAAUGUGAUUAGAGCAGUUAAAAUACAUGUUUUGUCGUACCCAUGGUAUACGGUCUGAUAUACCACGGCUGUCAGCCAAUCUUCAUUCAGGGCUCGAACCACCCAGUUUAUAAUGUGUAUUAAACUAUGUGUUCUCCUCAGAUUGCCCAGGUGACAGAUGAUGAAGCAGUGAGGAUAUUUCUGGAGUUUGAGAGAGUCGAGUCAGCCAUCAAAGGUCAGUACAACCUAACGUGUGUUCUGUCUGUCUGUAUGGUUACUUUAUGUGUGUGCCCUUGAGGUCUCAGUAAGACGUAUGUGUGUGUGCCCUUGUUUGUGUGUAAUUGUUGUGUGUCUAUAACUGUUACGUGUGUAAUAAGGCUAAUCUGAGGGCCAGUUUAAAUGGGUUGUCCCAGAUCAGAAAGCAGGUGAGACUGUCUCCCCUAGGUGUUACAUCACAGCUGUCCCUACACGGCCUGCAUAAUAUAUACACACUAGACUGGGCCGGACACACACACACACACACACACACACACACACACACACACACACACACACACACACACACACACACACACACACACACACCCUAUUCAUUUCUAAAGAGGAUAGAGAAUGCUACUAAUACCAGACUGGACACACUCAUUGUUACUAUCUUUUUCAGGUGUUUUGACUUUUAUUUAGACAGUAAGAAAUUCAAAGGGGGAGACAGGCAAGUGGUAGAGAAACCGUGGGAAAGGUGGGCGCUGGGAUUGAACCCCGGUAUCCGGUGGGGAGACAUAUAUGUGACUUAUGCCGGGGAGGGUUACCAAUACACCACGGCUCUGCACGUGUAUCCAUCUUUUGUCCACAGAAGUGCCUGUUUUACUGGGAAUGUCCCGGCGUUGGUGUUAGGAUGACUAGAUACUUGUAAUCACUGCUCAAACACACGCCCCCGUGAGGUCAUGUACCUAGCGUUGAUAAGGAGCUCUCACACAGUGUGUCCAUCUCACUACUGUAGACUGGGUGUGUGUUUGAACUCUGCCUCCAGGACUGUGUUUGUUGUUUAUCUGUGACGUUCUUGGGAAGGAGAAACUCCUGGGAACUUGGGUGAUGUCAUGGCUGUGUUUUCCACAGUGUUUGAAUACCAGGAAAUGCCAAAGCCUCUCAUAGCCACAACGUUUUGGUUUUUCAAGCUUUGAUAAACAUGAAUUAUGGUCCAUGAUGAAAACACUGUAGACUAUCAAAGAGGAGCACCAUCCCAGAGACCGUGUUAGGAUGACAGUAUGUUUGUUCACUGUCCAAACGAACAAAACGACCCAAUACCUCACUAGUCUUCACUCAAUGUGAUAUUGCAGACAUGUCUGGCCUAAGCUGACAGAAAAGUCAAAAGUCAGUAAUGUUAAUAAAUCAUGUUUGCACUGUAAUGUUUGUCUCCUGUCUUCUCUCCUCUAGCUGUGGUGGAUCUGAAUGGGAGGUUCUUUGGUGGUCGGGUGGUAAAAGCCUGCUUCUAUAACCAGGAUAAGUUCAGAGUGUUGGACCUGGGAGAGCAGAUGUGAGAGACACACACACACACACACUCCGUCCCACCUGAACCGUUAUGACCCGCCUCAUCCAUACCAACAGGAACGGAAGAAAUGCUCUGACACAAACAUACACACUGGUAAUCACCAGUAGCUCUUUCUGUCUCUUAAGUAGCCCAAACAUUUAUACUCUCAACAGCAGCACAAUGUGUCUGUAUUUAGUAAAGAGUUUCACCUGUAGUUUUUGUUUUGCCAGCAGAAAAAUCUUGUAUGUGAGGUAAUGAACUACUGUCUUGAUCUCUGUGUCCCGAUAUGAACCUGUACAAGUGAAAGCUGAAAAUAAAUGUUUCUUUUGUUUUAAA